AUGCUGGCACUCCUCACCCUGCUUGUGUCGGGGACCCUCUUUGCCGCUUUCUGUCAAGGCAACUCGAUCUCUCGUCGUCAAAAUGCUGGGUGCAGCUUCCACUUAUCUACCGGUGGUGCGGCUCCGUUCUGGGUUGGCCAGUUGCCAAACGGCCAGUGCAGGGGAGGGAGUGAUAUUGCAGCUUCUACGUUUACUUGGUUUGGCGACGCUUUUGUGGACCAGCAAAAUCGCGGCUGUUGGUGGACUCCUCCCACAAGCGUCUUACAGUGUGACCGAGGCCAGCAACCAGACCAUGGCUGGGCUAUCCCGUGCAAUGGCGUUGCCACAUACAAUGGCCAAUCCACCUUCUACCAAUGUAAAACUGGCGACGGAGAUCAAGUCAACCUGUACUUGAACUCUAUCGGAAUAGCAUGCCAGCCCGUUACCAUCAUAGCGGACGGAUGUACAUCAUCAUGUCAGGCGUCACCUGGAGGUGUUGGAUCAGGGGCUGGCCCGCAACCCAUACAGACAGGAACUCUCUCGCAAAGUGUGCCCACGGUGACUCCUUUCACCACCGGGCCUAUGGGUCCUUCAUAUACGCCGAACCCAGCAAAUCCCGGCAACAGCGGCUCAGCUCCGAGACCGACACCCCUGGCACCGCCAACCAAAGAUUGCUCAGCUGAUCUCUCAAACACAUACCACUACCCUUCGCUCAUGAUCCCCAUCGACCGUGCCAACCCAGACAAAGCGUACGGGCCGACACCGUAUGGCCAGGUAUCGCCCAACGCAAGCACACUGUUCAACUUCGAUAUCCCCGCGUCAGAUGCCGGAAGAUCAUGCAAGGUCUUCUUUUCCCUGCCUUCCCAAGCCCGGCUGCAAAGCGCACAGGGCAGCAGUUACUACUUCACCGGCGACGGAUCCGCGGUCUUCAGCCGCAUGCGCUCGCUUGCGAACCAAGGCACUACUUACAAUGACGUCGCGCUCGGGAGGAUCGGGCGAACGGAUUUAGGGGCGCUCAAGAUGAGCCCCGGGAAUAACUAUGUCAUCGAGACCUUCGACUGUGGUGCUGCGAUUGGUACCGGAGUAAGCUACAUGAUUGCCGAGCCGGCGGGGCGGGAUACGUGCUUGGUAUACUACCAAGAAGGCGCGCCUGUACCGGUCGGAAUGUUUAUCUCGACCUGCUAG